AUGGGUCCUCGAGUCAAAAGGCGCCGCCUGACGGAUCCAGAAGAUCUCAGUGACGAUAUCUGCCAACCUGCGUCCCGUCUAGAAAAAGACAGCUGGAAUGGAUUUUGCGAAAUCGAAUCAGAACCGGCCCUGUUUAAUGUGAUGCUACGUGAAUUUGGGGUCAAGGGCGUAAAGAUCCAAGAAGUCGUUUCUCUAGAUGAAGAAAUGAUGGCAUUCCUCAAUAAUCCUGUCUACGGCUUGAUUUUUCUCUUCCGCUGGCGUGAAGAUAAAGAUGGAAAGCAGGAAGCGACUUGCCCUGAUGGGCUGUGGUUCGCAAACCAGACCGCCAACAAUGCCUGUGCCAGCGUAGCACUACUAAACAUUGUCAACAACAUCCCAGAUAUUGAUCUGGGAGAGAAUCUACAGUCCUUCAAGGAAUUCACCAUGCCUUUCACCCCAGCCCUACGUGGGGAUGCAAUCAACAACUUUGAAUUUGUCAAAAGGAUACACAACUCAUAUGCACGAAAAAUGGACAUUCUCAAUUCAGAUCUACAGCUCAAGACUGAAGCUACCACUAGGAAAAAGGGAUCCAAGGGCCAGGCUAUUGAUGAAUCUGAUGGCACCUUCCAUUUCAUUGCAUUUAUGCCUGUGAUGGGCCAGCUGUGGAAGUUCGAUGGCCUGGAGCGGCAGCCACGAGCACUUGGGGAAUGUUCUGAAGACGACUGGCUGGGACUGGUCAAGCCCAAUCUUCUGGACCGAAUGGCUGCGUACGAAGAAGAGGAAAUUGAAUUCUCAAUUUUAGGACUCGUGCGGGACCCUCUGCCUGACCUCAUAAACGACUUGGCUAUCAACGUGAGAGCCUUGGAAAUUCUCAACCAGCGUGCCACAUCUCUGUGCCCAUCAUCAGAUACUCUCUCUUUGGAUGAAACUGUUCUUGGUCUUGACCCUUUCCUAUCUCUGACACGUGAAGAGAUCGAUACGGCAGUGAUCCCCCAGGGAACCCUCGAUGAUUACCAGACAUGUUCCGAUGAGAAGUUGCAGGAGUAUCAGCAAACGAUAAGUAGGAAUCAGCGAGAACUUCAUGCACGCAUUCGUGAAGAGCAGCAGUCCCAUCGAUCGGAUGACGAGUAUGCAGCCGGACGGCGGUUUGACUAUGGGCCAGCGGUACGGACAUGGCUUCGACGCUUGGCACAGAAGCAGCAACUGCAGGAGCUGUCCGCCCUCGUGGCCUACUGA